CACGUUUCAGUCGUUUGUGCAUCGUAGCGUGGAUCGGUCGACUGCAACCUGAGAAAAUUGUGUAGUGCAGCAAGUGAAUUGAAAAUGCAACCGAAGAGCAUCUUGAAAGUCCUCCUGCUGGGCCUAGUUGCCCUGCAGCACAUGGAAAUAGGAGCUGGUUACCGUAUUCUGGCUGCCUUCUUCUUUCCCGGCAAAAGUCACUUUAUGAUAACCGACGCGAUUAUCAGAGAAUUAGUACAUAGGGGACAUGAAGUGACCUUCAUUACGCCAUUCUCAUUGGCCAAGGAGAACCUGGGUGCGAACUACACCGAGGUUCUAAUACCGCAAUACGAUAUAUGGGGCGAAAUUAGGGACCUAACCAAUACCAAGUCACCACUGGACAUGACAGACACCAGUACUAUCACAUUCCUCAGGGCAGCCUACACAAUGGGGUUGAGCAGCACGAACUUUGCAUUUGAGCAGAAUGAAGUUCAGAGCCUAAUCAAUGCGAAAGACAAGGUGGGGAAAUAUUAUUUACUUCUGGCCGAGCAGUUCUUCAAUGAGGGUGCUCUCAUCCUGGGUCACCUCUAUCAAAUUCCAAUUAUAACCGUCACAACCUUCGGCUACUCCAACUACCUCAGCUCCCUAACGGGCAUCAUCAACCCGUGGUCUUAUGUGGCUCACGGCUGGAAGCCCUAUACAAACCGCAUGUCGCUCAUGGAACGUAUUGACAGCGUUUUCUGUUCAUUUACGGAGGAAAUUAUGCGGUACUUCUGGUAUUAUUCUAAACAGAACGAGAUAUUACAGAGACAACUGUCCAGGCAGUUUAAGGAUCUACCAACUAUUAAGCAAUUAGAACGCAAUAUCUCAGUCAUUCUCCUGAAUAGCUACAUGCCCUUGGAAGCUCCUAGGCCUUCAGCGUUCAACAUGAUUCCAGUCGGCGGACUGCAUAUAAAGUCCUCCAAGCCUUUGCCCACAAAUAUCAAAAAGUUCUUAGAUGAAGCCAAGGAUGGAGCCAUCUACUUCAGUUUGGGUUCUCAAGUGCGAAGUGCGGAUCUUCCACCCGAGAAGAUCCAAAUGUUCCUUGGGGUAUUUUCCAGCCUUAAGCAACGCGUUCUCUGGAAGUUUGAGGAUGACAAAUUACCUAAUCUUCCUCCCAAUGUGAUGGUCCAGAAAUGGAUGCCCCAGACUGAUAUACUAAACCAUCCAAACGUGAAGGUUUUCAUAUCCCAUGGCGGUCUCUUCGGAACUCAGGAGGCGGUUUAUUAUGGUGUACCAGUGCUCGGUAUGCCCGUCUAUGCGGAUCAGUUUUUGAAUAUAAAGAAAGGCGAAGCUGCUGGCUAUGCUCUAAGUGUAAGCUACCGUACCGUUACGGAGAAAGAGCUGCGCUAUUCCUUGACUGAGCUCCUGGAGAGACCCAAGUAUAGGGACAACAUGAAGAGAGCGUCCCUCAUCUUUCGUGAUCGUCCAAUGGGUGCAAUGGAUACUGCGAUGUACUGGAUCGAUUAUGUCAUUAAGCAUCGUGGGGCACCACACUUAGUGUCUGAGGGCGUCAAGCUGCCCUGGUAUCAGUUCUAUCUCCUAGACAUCGUUGGCAUCGCGUUAGCUGUAAUUCUGUUGCCUAUUUUGGGUCUGCUUCUUCUUUGCCCUAGUUUCAGAUCAGCGAAGAAGCCCAAGCCAAAAUCCAAACAAAACUAGAAUAAGAUUUUCUUCAUAUUUUUUUUGAUAACUCAAAACGAUUUAUUGAUAAACAAAUGUGUGCUAUGAUUAUGUCAAUUAGUUUGAAUAAAUUUAUAAUUUUGUUUCA